CCUUUAAGAUUUGGGAUUUGCUCAUUGGUUGGACUCGUACUGUUGCAGGAAGCAGGUAGUCCUGCUUCACUUGUUACAGUUUCCGACGGCAUACCAACAAACAACUUGAACAUUACUAAGAGUUGAGAAGAUGAUGCGAAGACCCCGAACAACAACUGCCAAGGUUGUGGAGAUCAUAGACAUAGACUCCGACCUGUCCACCACACAGAUAAUUAGUAGUGAUGAGAAUGGUGAGGAAUGGAGGCCAUCAGAGCCCAAGCCAAAAGCCGCCAGCAAGACUGCCAGUGCUCCUGCAGCCGGGGAGAAGAAAGCAGCUGCCAAGAGAACUGCCAAUGUAUUGGAGGGAUAUGCAUCUUUGGAAAGCCAUACAAGGUCCACCACACAGAUAAUUAGUAGUGAUGAGAAUGGUGAGGAAUGGAGGCCAUCAGAGCCCAAGCCAAAAGCCGCCAGCAAGACUGCCAGUGCUCCUGCAGCCGGGGAGAAGAAAGCAGCUGCCAAGAGAACUGCCAAUGCAUUGGAGGGAUAUGCAUCUUUUGAAAGCCAUACAAGGUCCACCACACAGAUAAUUAGUAGUGAUGAGGAUGGUGAGGAAUGGAGGCCAUCAGAGCCCAAGCCAAAAGCCGCCAGCAAGACUGCCAGAGCUCCUGCAGCCGGGGAGAAGAAAGCAGCUGCCAAGAGAACUGCCAAACCAAAAGAACCAAAAGAACCCAAAGAACCUAAAGUGCCUAAAGAGCCUAAGCCAAGGGCACCCCGCAAGCCUGCAGCAGAGCGAAAACCACAGGCCCGUAAAGCCUUGACGAAAUCUGCUGCACCUGGAUUGGCUGUAGCAAAGAGGAAAAUAGAUGAUGAGGGCCAAAAUAAGGAAGGAGAAAAACAAACAGGUGGUCCAGAAGAGAGUGGACCAAGUGCUGGAAUAAAGAAGGAGAGGUUGUCAUUUUCCCCACGAGGACCCAACAAGACGUACGGAGGGGCAGGUGAAGGGUCGUCAAUGGCUUUUCUUAAAGCCAAGAAAGAGGAGAUAGAGGAGGAGGAUUUCACAUUUGGUGAGCCCUGUCUAAAGAAACAGAAGACCAUGGGUUCCGGCAUGGGACGACCAACUGCUCUCCCACCAUCAUCAGCCAACGCUCUGAGAAAUGAACUGGGUAUGAACUGGGACCUGAUAGAGCUGCUGUCCAUCUUGACAUGUGUGGAGCAAUGGGUGUCUGUGAAUAUCAUUUCUCUGCUUCGUGAGGAGAACACUGUGCCUUUCAUGGUCCGCUACCGCAAAGAGAUGAUUAACCACAUGGACGCCGAUGCUGUCCGAGAUGUCCAGCUGGUGUAUGAAGAGUUACGCUCUCUAGCCAAGAAGACCCAGUCUGCUAUUCAGACCCUGAAGAAGGACGGGGUUUUGACAACUGAGCUGGAACAGGAUCUGAGAAGCUGCCGGUCAGCUGAUGAACUGGAUCAUGUGUACUCUCCCUAUAAAAAAGGCAGUAAGCUGACAAAGGCUCGCAGGGCCAAAGCGCUGGGUCUUGAGGAGGCUGCUUCAAUCCUGCUGGACUCGCCACACACUCUGGAUUUAAGGGCAUGGGUAAAGCCUGGUUCUGAGGGUCUGUCUUCAGUGGAGGAAGUGUCUACAGGUGUGGAGCAUAUCUUAGCUGACAUGAUAGCUAAAGACCCAGAGACUCUCACCUUCAUCAAAACAUUGUGCGAGAACAGCUUUGUGCAAAUCCAGUCCUCCGUGUCCAAGUCAGCACUAAAAGGAAAAGAGCCUGACAAGACUGCCAAAGGCCACCAAAAACCAGGGGCACAGCAAAACAAAAACAAGGACAUUGACAAGUUCCAUCUCUACUUUGACUUCACCUCUAACAUCCAAUCCAUACAGUCCCAUCAGACCCUGGCUAUUAACCGAGGAGAGAGUCUGAAGAUUUGACGGUGAAGGUGAACAGUCCUGACAAGGUGAAAAGUGACUUCAUCAAGUGGUGCAUCAACGCCAGGUGGAGGCCGAAGACUUUUGCAAAGAGAAGAGCUACUCACCAUCCUCAAGAAUGCAAGUAGAGGAUUCUUAUAAAGGCUUAUUCUGCCUUUCCUCACCAGGACCUACAGGAGUAAGCUGACAAGUACAGCAGAGAAGGAGUCAAUCGCCAUGUUUGUGAGGAACCUCCGCCAGCGCCUGUUGGUUUGUCCAGUCAGGGGCUGUGUCAUCAUGGGGGUAGACCCUGGCUUUAGACAUGGCUGCAAACUGGCAGUUCUCUCCCCUACCGGUCAGAUCCUGCACACUGAUGUCGUUUACCUGCACAACUCCGGCCAGAAUAGAGAAGCAGAGAAACUGUGCUAUCUUAUGAUGAAAUACAGCUGUACCAGGGUUGUCAUAGGCAAUGGGACAGCAUGUCGGUGAGACUGAGUCCUUCUAGCUGACCUCAUCUCCAGGCGAUGUUUCCACCCCUGGACUUGUCCUACUGGUAAGGUCCCCCAUCAGU